ACGCGGAUCGCACUCCAUUGCCAUCAAACGCAGCCCUGGUCACGUUACAAGUUAUCAGUAGAACACGGCACAGUUCACCGUUAACUACACUGCACAAAGCUUCCCGGGGGACACGCUGAGAGCAUUCCAUCUGCGGCUGGUUAAUCUCGAGCAGCAGUCACAACGCAGCGUGCAAAGAUGAAGCCAGAGGCCCCUCCAUCCGCGGAGGGAGUGGAGAAGCCGGGAGAGUCAAUGGCCAACAAACUGCAGCACAAGCAUGGCGCGGCGCCUCUCCCCAUCAUCCGCCCCGUGGCCGCCGACAACAACGCUUCGGCCGCCGGCUCCGGCAGGAAGGAGAAAAUAGCCAGCAAGACAAACAAGAAGUGGAUGCGGCUCGCCACCGUCUUUGCCUAUGUGUUUUUCGUGUCCCUCGCUGCCAUCAUUUUGGCCAUUUACUAUAGCUUCUUCUGGGUAGGCACACCCCAGAGUAUCAGUGCACAGACAAACGGCAACGACACUGUCUUCAGUUCGGCAUGAUCUUUUUUUUUGACAGCCCUGGAUUCCCGGUAGGAUAUCUUUAUUUAUACCUUCAGUGACGCAAAUUUUGGGCUAGCAUGCACAGUCAUUGCCUUACGUAUUGCUUAUGUACUGAAGCAACAGAGCAGUCAGGGGCCAAGUCAAGCAUCCGCGCACGGCAGGUGUCAUUCAUUACCUUCACAAUGGUAUUCUACCAACAAUACCUCAUUGCUGGAAUCAAAGGCUUUAUGUUAGACAUUUUCUCUGACUAUUCUCCUGGCAUGAUGUACCUGUACAAGGUACUGAAAACAUUGAUGUUAAUCUGGUGUAUUUUUUCCCCAGAGAAGAUAAGCUUCCAACAGGAGAAAGGAUGGUGUGAUUUCAACCUUAUAAAUGAUCUCUAGCCGUGUCCACCGAUGCUCGAGCUCCCGGAGUAUCCAUCACCUUGUGUAAAUAACGACUUAUAUUUGCUGCUGCCUCGUGGAUGAAAAAUCACCAAGGACUCGGGUAUUCGUGCCAUGACACGUACAGUGUACCCAUGACUGAUCCAUUAACAGUAAUCAGCACAGAUGCAUGCACGGCCCACGUCGCUCGGACAUUACCUGUCUAUUGCGCCUCGCGCUGAUUGAAACCACUCAACUCAUUAGUCCCUGCUAAAUACAUCAUCGCACUUUGGAACCUACUUAGGGGUAAUAACGUUAUGCCGCAUCAUCAGUGUCUGCUCCGACCCCUUUACUUAGCUUUACGUUUGUCACCACAGUACGUCAAAACAAGACUGCAGAAAAUAAUCAUGUAGCAUCAUCUAAAGGACGAUAUUUCUAAGCCUCUAAUGCUAGAAUCGUGAACGGUAUUUUGAUAUUGCCGAGUUUGUUUUCGCCGAUGCGACUGUUUUGUCACUACUAUUUUGUUGAUUUGUUCUGACGGUUUUCGUGGCUGUACAUUGUGAAAAGGUGACCAUUAGAACACAGGAGUCGGAGAGUUGAAAUUGGCGAUUUCAUAAACACCUUUCAUGGAGCCUAUCAUAGUGAUGUUGGUAUAAAUAUUACGUUUUCUUAUAUAUGAUGUGUAUGUGUUGCUACCUUUGGCAGAAAAAAGAUACCAUUGUAUACAGUCAUGUAAAAAGGGAUAUAUAUAGGAUGUUAUGUCAAAGUAAAUCGCAUGGCGCCAUUUCACAUGGUACUGUAAUCAGAAAUUAUUGUGGCCUGAAAAUGGUAUAUGUGGAUUGAAUCGAUUCCACAUAUCAGGUCGGGUGUACCUGUGGUGCGUCUGGUACGGCCCGGU